AGAAUUCUUAAUAAAAUUGAGUUGCCAAUUAAUGAUAAACAAUUUGAAAUGAUUACUUUUUUGACUAUUGUAAAGAAAUUUAUAACUCCAGACAAUUGGAGUAAAGUAGAAAUACAAUAUAACUUUGAG